GUGUACAUGAAAAGAAGCGGCAAACGGGGAAAAGGACUCGCGGCCGAAGCACGCGCCGCACCACGCCGCGCUCGUGCCCUCUUUGUACUCUGUGUGUCUUGCUCUGUUUUUCCCCACUUCUUUCCCGACUCCCGCGACGCGCAUGCGCGGCUCAUGACUGUCAGCGGCGGCGGCGGCGGCAACAGGGGAGGCAGCAGCAGCACCGACAGCAGCGCUCGUGAGGCGUGCUGUUCGCUCUCGUGCCUGCAGCGAACUCCCGACUGCAACGUGUUCCCCCCUCACCCCAGUCCUUCUGCUUACUCGUUCUUUUUUGCAAAUACACGUCCGGCGCAAGAUCUCGGCCGCGCGCCAUGCCGGUGCAGCGCCGUGGGAGCAGGUGGAUGUGAUGGCGGCCAGGAGGUUUUAGCAGACGGGUGGGUCCGGCAUGUGCCGCGGUCGAGGUCCAGGUUUGAGGCCUACUGGUUAGAGACCCCCCCCUUCUCCUCCUCCUCCUCCUCCUCCUCCUCUUCCUCCUGCAUCUCGUCGUGAUGGCUGAGGAUCACAAGCAGCAGGCUGCUCCUCCGCAGCAGAAUCAGAAGCCCGGCGCGGGGAUGGGCUCCUUACCAGCGCUCGUUCCGGGGCUGCACGGGGCGGACGCCAGUGCGCUGCAGCACAAAAUAAAGAGCUCCAUUUGCAAAUCUGUACAAUCAAAAGUGGACAUUAUAUUGCAAGAUGUUGAGAAGUUUACAGACAUUGAAAAACUCUACCUCUACCUUAAGUUGCCUUCUGGUCCCAGCAGCGGCAGUGACAAGAGCGAUCAGAGCUCCGCGUCGUCCAGCCGCACACAACAGACACAUGCCUUCAGCUGGAUCCAGAGUCACUUAGAGGAGCAUCCAGAGACCUCGCUCCCCAAGCAGGAGGUCUACGAUGAGUACAAGAGCUACUGUGACAAUCUCGGUUAUCAUUCGUUGAGUGCGGCCGACUUUGGGAAGAUUAUGAAAAACGUCUUUCCGAAUAUGAAGGCAAGACGACUCGGCAUGAGAGGCAAAUCAAAGUACUGCUACAGUGGACUGAGAAAGAAGGCCUUCGUUCAUAUGCCAUCUUUGCCCAAUCUGGACUUGCACAAAACAGGUGAUGAGUGCGAGGCGUUGGAGCCUUUAGGCACACUGCCCAGCGCCGAGGAGGAGGUGCGCCUAGCAGCCUGUGGCCUGGUGUGCGAGUGGGCCCAGAAGGUGCUGAGCCAGCCAUUUGACUGCGUGGAGGACCUGGCCCGGUUCCUGCUCGACAGCCACUAUAUCGGCACAAAGUCAGUGGCCGCCGUCACGGUUAUGACAGGGACGCCUACAGGAAUGAAGACGCCAACCCAGGUCUCGGCCUUUGUGCCAACCAGUGAAGUAAGCUCCUUUCAGCCCCAAGUGAAGACGUUGGCUUCCCCCUCUAUUGACGCCAAGCAGCAGUUACAGCGCAAGAUCCAGAAGAGGCAACAAGAGCAGAAGUUACACUCCCCAUUGCCCACUGAUACCCAGUGCCAGACCCUGAGGGGGGAGAUGGGCACUCCCAGUACAGGACCAACCAUUCCCUGUGGAAGCCCAGCCCUGUUGUCACCGCAGCCAACUAUCGGCAUUGUUGUGGCUGCUGUUCCCAGCCCUAUCACGGUACAAAGGAGCAGGCAGUUGAUGACCUCACCCAUCCCUGUGGGAACAACAGAAAACAAAGUCCUGCCAGUGAACUUUCAAGUGGUGUCCCAGCCAAUUCAGCAAUUGAAGCAGUCUCCCAAGACACCUCAGAAUGUCCCAGCCAGCCCUGUCGGGGACCGCUCGGGAGCACGAUACCGCUACCCCCAGAUCCUACCCAAGCCAUCUGCUACCAGCAGCCUCACUCUGCGAUCACCGCCGACACUGCUUAUUACCAACAGUCCCAUAAAGACCGUGGUGCCCACAUCACAUGUGGGCCCAGUCAACGUGGUUAAGAUGACAGCUAUCCCGCUGACGCCUAGCGGCAGCAGCACCGCCACAGCCUUACGGCCAGCCUCGGCUGGGGUGGGCAGCUCCAGCCCGUCGGAGGAACCACGGCCGAGCAACUCCACGCCGUCCCUGCAGUCUCCCCGACCGGCAAAGCCUGGAAGCGCAGCAUCGACCCCCAGCACUGACAUUAAGAUGGAGCCCGAAGCCAUAACUGAUGACAGCCAGGCCCUUGGUGCUGACCAGAUGACUACAGCUCAGAAAGGAGCCAGUGGCCGGAAGAGUGAGAGAGGUGCUAAGCCUCGGGCUGCCAGUGAACCCAUGCCCCAAGCUAAAGGAUCCCCGGGACCUGAAGGGACAGCCAAAAACAAAUUUGGCGAAAUGUCCCCCUUUGUUGCCAACACUGUGGCAUCUUCUACUGGCAGCAAUAAUAACAAUAGCAGUGAAAGCACUUUGUACCUGACUGUCUCAAGCCCGAGCACCAGCAUCACUCUGUCGCCCCACCCCAGUGCCACUGCCUUGUCACCCAGCGAGAGCUCUUUGGGACCCAAAAGUCCAAGAAAACGUCAAGGAAUUGGUUUGGAAUCCCACACGAUGCCUGUGAAAAAGGUAUUCAUUACCCAGCAACCUGCAGGUGGCUCUGACAGCCCCAGUACGGUAACCAAGAAAAUCUCCAGGCCAGGAACCCCAGCUAGGCCUGAAAGUGCACCAGCAACAACCCCGGGCAAAGUAACUGUGAAGUUAAACUCUACAGUCCCAACUCAGAUACUUGCACUUUCUGAUACACCCCUUAGAAAUUCUAGUGGCUUCCAGUCUGUUGUCAAACCACAGACGUCCCUGCAGGUCAAAGGGGAUGCGCUGUCCUCUGGAACCGAGAAUGGCGGUGUUGCUCCUGGAACCACUACUGCCAACUCCGAACAGACAAUAUUGAAAGAUACUACUGGUAGCCCACAUGCCGUGGAAAUGAGCCUGGCUUUGCUUGAUGUUGCCGUUGUCGAUGAGUUGAAGAACUCUCUUUGGGGGGAAGGUCAGCUGGAAAGUCUUCAGCAGCAGGCCUAUGUCCAGCAGAUGCUAGACCAGAAGUCGGUAUCUGCACCAGCGAUCAACCAGAUGCCCAUGGGGUCCCAGGCCCAGUCCUCAAGUCAGCUGACCCUCCACGCAGAUAUAGUUGAUUUUGCUGGGAGCCAGACUGGUGUCGAUUACUUUCCGUUUAAUGACGACGACAUGACCCAGGACAGCAUCGUAGAGGAACUGGUGCAGAUGGAGGAACAAAUGAAGCUGAACAGCAGCCUGCAGUCCUACGGCAGCUGUGUCGACAUAUCUCUGCAGAGUCAGAGCACCUUAGGACAGGGUUCUGUCCUUUCCACUCACCAAGUGAGCACCCCCUUUUAUCACUCUGUUCACAGCAGCACCACCCCAACGCUCACCCCGACUCCCACACCGACUCCCACCCCAACGCCGACGUCAGAGAUGAUGGCAGGGGGCCCCGGAUUGGCCCGGGAGAGUCCUUGCUCCCGUCUGGCCCCCACCACCCCUGUGGACGGAGCUUUGAGCAGCAGUCGCCACACCCCUAUUAGCACCCCGCACUCCAGCUGCAGCACCAGUGUCCCUCCCAGUCCGGUGGAUUCUUGCCGGAACCCCUUCGCCUUCACACCUAUCAACUCUAGUAUCACGGCCUACCAUGAAACCAGCAUUGUCUCCAGCAGCCCGCUGAAACCCAUGCAGCGGCCCACGGCCACACACCCAGACAAGGCCAAGCUGGAGUGGAUGAACAACGGCUAUAACAGCGGCGGUGGUGCAGUCUCCAACAAUGGCAUAGGCAUUCUCUCCACCUACCAGGAUCUGGUGGAGGACCGCUUCCGAAAGCCGCACGCCUUCGCCAUUCCCGGACAGUCGUACCCAUCUCAGGCCCGGCAGCACGAUGUUCAUUUUGGCCGGCUGACGCCCAUUUCCCCGGUGCAGCAACAGAAUAAGCAGGAAGGCUUUGCAGUGCCUGCCCCUCUGGACAGUAAGGUCAGUGGCUCUUCGAGCGGCAGUACUUUUCGGUGCCGCAGCGUGAGCCCAGCCAUACGCCAGCGGAAUCUGAGUGGAAACACUGCCUACUCUGGUGUCCCCAGGUCCACGGUCUCCCCUUUCAACUCGCCUGUGACCCCUGAGGUGCUCAAUAUUUUUGCCAACAGCUGCCCAGAUGUGAGCGGCAGCAGCCUGGCCCAGAGGAGCCAGUCUGUCCCACUCAAUGUGAUGAUGCAAACCGAGGAGGUCCUGCCCGUGCAGGCCCCCAGUAACGCCACCAAGAUCACUAGUGUGCUUCUGAGCAAGAUGGACCCAGAUGGCGAUGAUGCGGUUCGUGGUCUGGGAGUGAACAACAUGCCCUCCAACUACACUGCCCGCAUGAACCUCACCCAAAUCCUGGAGACCACGAGCACCCCCAGUACCUUCCAGGGUGGUCCUGGCCAUCAAAAUCUAAUCAGUCCAAGUCCCAACCCCAGUCCUAACCCUAGCCAGUUCCAAAAGGCUACUUACCUCAUGAAAAAUAGCAGGAAUGAACAGAUCACCUUCACCACUGGGGAUGGCCAGGCACAAAGGAACCCUGGUGAGCAGCAACCUGAGCAGCAGCAGCAAGCUCAGCUAGAGCUGCAGUCGCAGAACCAGCAGCAGCUAGAUUUCACCAAGGCUGUCAAGGACCUCUUAGGAGAUGACAGUUUGAACCCAAGCUCCCAGCUUGUAGGACAAGUGGCCUCAGAGCUCAGCGCUGUGGCAUCUGAUUUCUCCAGUGAUAUCAGAUUGACCUCUGAGCUUUCCAGUAGCAUCAAUGAUCUGAACACUUUGGACACUAACUUACUAUUUGACCCCAGUCGACAGCAGGGACAGUAUGAAGAUUCAACACUGGAAGAACUAAAGAACGAUCCUCUUUUCCAGCAGAUCUGUACCGAAAGCGUGAGCUCUGCUGGCUUUGAUUGGCUGGACAGUAAAGAUCAGCCCACAGUGGAAAUGUUGCGUUAAUUUAAAGAAAGAAAAAAAAAAAAAGGGGUUUUAACAUCCUUUUGACAUUUUGUUCUGUUGUAUUUGUUCCGUGGGAAUUUUGCUGUUUUGUAAAACGCAAGACAUUGAACAGCACAUGGCAACAGUGAUCUGUACACGUUUUCUGUCGGCUGAGAUUUGUCAGUUCGACGAGAUACUGUUGCUGUCACAAAUGUUUGAGUUUGUUGUCUUUUCCUGAGGGUUCUGCUAUGACCGUUCCUUGGUGUUGCUUUUUAUUUCAGUCAGACCUGAUUGGAGUUCAUCAGGGUUUAGAGGCUUUGUUUCACACAGCAGCUGUUGGGAGGGUAGAAAUAAAUAUCAUUAGUAGUUUGUUUUUUCUUUAUUUUUGCUCUAAUACUUAUCUAUUUAGUUUUUUCCCAAAGCAUUAAGUCAUCAAGUCGUAAGCUGUUUUAGACUGUUCUUCGAAAGUAAAUGGUCUGGAAAACAAUCUUACUUUCGGGUGGAUGACUAGGGCCUGUACUUGAGCACUCCUUUUCGAAGGAGGCUGUUAAAUCUGGACCUCCCUACCGCUUCUGUUUAUUUGGUUAAACCCAUAUUUCAGUUUUAAAUGUGGCAGCGUUCAGAGCAGUAUGUGAAAGGGCAUUUCUUGGUGCUGCCAUUGACAUGGUAUUUUCCUCAUCGCUUCACGGUAUUUGUACGGUACUAGGUGACGAUUCAAUAAGAAAGAUAUUGACGUACCAAAAAAGUUUGAUUAAUUUGAAAAAUUAAAGGGAACAGAUUAUCUGCCCCC